CAGCACUCGUUCAGUCGGUUCUGAGUUUCCUGUCGAUAAUCAUCACCUAAAACCCAGGUCUCUUAUCACUGAUUAAAAGACAUUCUCAAUCCUGACAGUACCUCAUACCUCAAAUUGUUACCUCAAAUAACCUAUUCCUCAACUAGUCCAACAAUCGUUCCUCCAAACAACAAAAUAAAUAAAUAAAAAAUAUUUGUUCUCUAGUUUAAAACUUCGUGUGAAUGACGAUCAACGAAAAAUCAUCGCGCAUGUCUCAAAUCAGUUGUUUACAGACUAUAUAACUACCCCGAUAUAGAGUUUCAACCCGGCACACUAAUGCCAGUAGUAUCUAGUCGUCGGGACGCUGAGCGUCGGUUUUUACGAAUGUGCAUGUGAGUGAGUGUUGGAGAAAAAAAUCGAGUAAAGUGAGAAAAACAAUUUCGAUUUUUAAAAAAACCGAGUGAAUUUCCUUCGCGACAACUCAACGGAGUUAAAAUUAAAUAAACAAUAAACGACAAUAAACAAUUACCACCGAGAACUACUGUCGAAUCGGGGAAAAAUGUACCGGAAACUGGUGGUUGAUGCGGUCAGGAUGACGAAGGCCUCGAAGGUGGGAGUCGACGUUCUUCGAAGGUUGCACGCGACCAACAAGAAACAAGCCUUCCUUCCUGUAACAAAAAGACUCGAACCCACAGCACAUUUGGAACCAGCUGUGACAAGUCAAUUUGGCCUAGCAAACGACCAGAAACGCAAUUACAGCUUCAUUCACGACAGCCACUACAUGUAUACGAAAGAUCAGGAUCAGGCGACGAAUGCGGAAGACGUUCUCUUCGACAUGUUCAGAAACGAGGAGACUGAUCUACUCUCUGUCGGAAAAUUUCUAGCUGCGUUACGAACAACUGGUUUGAGAAAAAAUGACCCCAGACUUCAAGAAUUAAACGAUAAUUUGAAGGCUGAACAUUUAAAGUCGGGAGGUGCCGAAGGAAUAUCCCAUGAGACUCAAAAACUUAAUCGUGAACAGUUCAAAAGGAUAAUAAAUCCCAAUAUUGUUUUGAUAUCCCGAGCAUUCAGACACCAGUUUAUAAUCCCAGACUGGGCAGGUUUUACAAAGCACAUCGAGGAUUUUUAUUGGAAGUGCAAGACGAAUACCGAGGGCAAGGUGGCCUCAUACAUACCCCAACUUGCUCGAAUGAAUCCGGAUUACUGGGGUAUAACAGUGUGCACCAUAGACGGACAACGUUUUAGCAUUGGAGAUACUACGAUACCCUUCACCCUCCAGAGUUGUAGUAAACCACUGACCUAUGCCAUUGCCCUUGAGAGCCUAGGGCAGGAGGUUGUCCAUCAGUACGUUGGUCAAGAGCCAUCGGGGAGGAAUUUCAAUGAACUCGUUCUGGAUCACAAUAAGAAGCCACACAAUCCGAUGAUCAACGCUGGUGCUAUCCUGGUGUGCUCUUUACUCAAAAGUCUGAUAAAACCGGAAAUGACACUGGCCGAGAAAUUUGAUUUUACGAUGAAUUAUUUUGAGAGACUGGCGGGGGGUGAAAAUCUGGGAUUCAAUAAUGCCGUUUUUCUGUCUGAAAGGGAGGCUGCUGACAGGAAUUAUGCACUUGGGUUCUACAUGAGGGAGCACAACUGCUAUCCUGAUAAGACAAAUCUACGGGAAAUUAUGGAUUUUUACUUUCAAUGCUGUGCUAUGGAAUCAAACUGCGAUGCUAUGGCAGUGAUGGCAGCUACACUAGCUAAUGGCGGAAUUUGUCCAAUUACUGAGGAAAAAGUAUUGAGACCUGAUAGUGUUCGAGAUGUCUUGAGUCUGAUGCACAGUUGUGGAAUGUACGACUACAGUGGACAAUUCGCUUUCAGGGUGGGAAUCCCAGCAAAGUCUGGAGUAUCCGGUAGUCUUCUCGUUGUAAUCCCCAACGUAAUGGGCAUCUGCACAUGGUCACCACCACUAGAUCCCCUCGGUAAUUCCUGCCGAGGUGUUCAAUUCUGCGAAGAGCUCGUCAACGAGUUCAACUUCCACAGAUACGAUAAUCUCAAGCACGCAACCAACAAAAAGGAUCCUCGAAGGCACAAGUACGAAACAAAGGGCCUCUCGAUCGUUAAUCUGUUGUUCAGUGCAGCCAGUGGAGACGUCACAGGGAUGCGCAGACAUCGACUCAGUGGAAUGGAUAUGACGCUGUCGGACUACGACGGUCGAACAGCUUUGCAUUUGGCUGCCAGUGAAGGACAUCUGGACUGUGUCGAAUUUCUCAUCGAACAGUGCGGAGUACCUCAUGAUCCCAAGGACAGAUGGGGAAAUCGACCAGCGGAUGAAGCAAAAACCUUUGGUCACACUCAAGUCGUCGAGUACCUCUACAACUACGAACAGGCGAAAAAAACCGAAGAAACGACGAAGGAAGAGAACGGGAAAAACAAUGAAUCCAACGAAAAAGAAAAUUCACCGGCGAAAAAAAUUUCCGACAGUUCAGGAGAAACUCCACUACUUUGAGCUGUGCAAUAGACAAAAAAUAAUGACAAAUUGAAUGAGACUGGAAGAAUGCAAAGAAGCCUUAGGAACAUAGUCAAUGAAAAAGGUCAAUACGUUGUAGAAAAAAUCGUGAAGAAAUCUGUGAUUUAUUUAUUUAUUUAUAUUAUCCCUGGAUUAUUUACACGACUCAGACCACCAGUAGUUGAAGAAUCACUUCAUAAAACAAACAUAUCUUUUCAAGUAUUAUUCACCUCUUCAUUGUCAUUCUUUUCUCGCUGAAAUAGUGAAAAUAAAACUGAUUUUUUCUUGUCAACAUUAAAGUAAUGACUGUUGCAUGACUUACAAAAAUGGAAAAAAAUUUAUGUACAAAUGAAUGUUAGAAAAUUAGUGGUGAAGAGAUCAAACGGUUUGAGUCGAAAAAUGUUCUGAAUUUAUUCAGAGUCAGCAGUGAUUUUGGUUUGAUGUUCAAUGAUUUUAGUCCACAAUCAGUUUCAGAUAAUUAUUUAUUUUAUUUUGAUCCAUUUCCCUCGAAAAUGUGGACACAAUUAACGAGUUAAAUCGUUUUAGCUGUCAUGUUCUUCAACUUUAAUGGAAUUAUUGUCGAUUUAAAUCACCUGUCAGUAAAUUGUAAUUUAAAAAUUAAUUAGUGUAGAAUUUUAUUAAAUUUGUUUCAUAGUCGAUCAUCGAUGGAGUGAUAUUUUCACAUGAGGAUAAACAUUAGGGAAAUGACGGUGAUAAAAUAAGAAUAAACAAGUUAUUUGAUUGAUGUGAAGAGAUUCGUUUCAAGACAUGAACGAUAAGGAAUUUAAUUUGAAUAUUUAUCAGCAGAAUGUGCGUCACUAGAAUCAUCAUCAGACGAAAAAUGAUUGGGUCAGUUAAAAGGCAUUCGUCAGUGGCCAGAUUUUGGUCAAAAGUUCAACUGUCCUCGGCGACGGAGGGACGUAGAUUUAAUAAAUUUUUCUUUGUUGCUUUUCUACUUGAUCAAUCAAAGGAGCCCACUCAGCUUUUUGGGUAUUUAUUUAAUGCAAAUUAGAAUAAUAACGCGCGCUUUACUAUUAAAUGGAGACUAAUCAAUAUAUCUUUUUAUGGAAUAACAAUGUCACCGAAAAAUUAUUAUUAUUAUUAUUUGAAAGUAUUAUAGAAACACGAAAUUAUGAUAUUAUCCUUGUUUGUUAUAAAAUAUUGAUAUAUUGUAUGGAGAGAUUGACAAAUAGAAAUUUCAAAAAUUAAUAUUUUAGUGGGGAAGUAAUGCCAAUUCGUUCAAGAUGUUUACGUGAUUAUGUGCUCCUCUUUUUGCAGUUAAAGAUGACGUUUUUAUUAUAUGAAUGAGGUUUCAUUGUUUCGAUUAACUCAGAGGAACCUUUUAAUUGCUGAGGGGAAUUUAAUUAUAAUUUAUAUGAAGAUAUUCGUUAUUUUAAUAUAUUAAAAAAGGAUUCAAUAUCAAAAUUAUUUAAUUUCCUUGGGGGCUUCAAUUUAAUUAUGAAGAAAUGAAAAUCUCUACCUAAAUUAGAAUUAAAUUCCAAUAAUCCAAUUACAAUUGGCUUUUAAUCCCAAUUAAAGAUUAAUUCAGUGGAAAACGUGGAAUGUGAUUCAUACAAAGAGAACAACAGUUCUGAUUUCAAAAAGAUGAGAAUUCUAAUAAUUAAAAAUUGAAAAAUUCUUUAAAAUAGCUUCGUAAUUAUUUAAAGAGAAAUGUUUAAUUGCUCUUACAAUUAGUGUCUUCAGAUAAGUCAAUUAAAUAGACUGAUGUGAAUUUAAAGUCUUGAGUUGAUAACAGACAACAGUAGUGCACCAUCAGGCGCAACUCAAGUGCAUUAUUCUUCCCCACAUUACCAAUUACAAUUACAUAACAAGAAUAAUAUCAUACCUCCAUUUUUCUGGUAUUUUUAUUCCAUAAUAAGAUUGAUUUACAGCGCUGCGGCGCUAAUUGUUCGUGAACAUGAACGUUAUCGUGCUUUAUUUAUGUUUGAGGGAAAAUCAUAUGGAACAUCUUUAUUUAUUAUUUUUAAUUAUUAUAUUCUAAUCAUGUGGAGAACUUUCAUAUAAAUGAAAAUUAAAACCACUGCCGAACCUCUUGCUCUUCUACUCAAUAAUGCAAUUGCGACUUAAACCUUUUUUUUAUUGCAAAAAAAGUCACUUUCUUUAGUUCAAGACUCGAAUCGUUUCUGCAACUGAUGUAUGACGUGUUUAAGAGUCUAAGAUAAAAAAUGGAUUUCGAAAGCAAUUCGACUCGAACCGUUUGACGACUCCACUACUGAAAUCAUCUGUUCAGCUACGAUUUUAGAAGAAAUCAUUUGAUUUCAGUCGUAAUGCCAAUUAGUUCACACCACGAUCUUGACAAUUGUUCAUUUAAAUUUGCAGUAAAGUUCGUAGAAAUGUCUGAUAACGAAUAUGUUUACAGAAAUUUCAAGAAAUGCCAUGGAAAAUAUCGAUAUCAGUUCGACUAUUAUCAAUAAUUUUCUUAAAAACCCGAAAAUUCAGAAAAAUCUCGCCGUAAAUUCCCGAUUUCUCUGAACUCUCAAGAAAAUUCCUCCAAGAAUUUCCUGGAAAUUCAGAGAAAUUGACCGUGAAUACUUAUUUUCAUUGGAAAGUUUCUCUAGAACACAGAAUUUCUUCUUUUAUUCAAAUUAAUCAAUUAAUUAAUUAAUAGAAAUCAACUGAAUCUGUUAGAAACUUCUAUUCAAAUUAAUCAAUUAAUUAAUUAAUAGGAAUCAAUUAAAUCUGUUAAAAAUUUGGCCUUCACUCAAAGUCUCUCACAAAUUUAAAAUUCAUUUCCCAUUUUUUUCUCAAAUUUUUUUUUGGAUGACACAGUCAAUCGAUUUUUUAUCGUUCAGCCUAAUUCAUAAUGCGGAAUAAUUACCCAAAAGGACAAUAAUUACUGUAUUAUACUUUACCAAUUAAAUUCCGACUAAUAGCAAGAGAUAACUCCAUCCAUCUCUGUUCCGAUUAUCAUAAAUAAAGAAUUAUAAGUGUUAAUUCAAAUAUAUUCUGAAAAUGUUGAAUCAC